ACCAGUAGCUCUAGUUCUGCCAUCUCUUUCCCCUUACACACUCCACACACCUUUACCUGCACAGACUUGAAAGUCCAGUUCCACCAGGGAGCUAGGGAGAAGAUAAAGGGAAAGUUCAUUGGAUCAAACAUGUCACAAGAGACGGACAAUAAAAGGCUUGUGGUUGUGGUUCCCAAUGAAGCAGCUUUUAAUACCCUACGGUCCUACACCAGUGAAGAUGAGGCAUGGAAGUCCUACCUGGAAAAUCCUUUGACCGCAGCUACAAAGGCUAUGAUGAGUAUCAAUGGAGAUGAAGACAGCGCCGCUGCUCUGGGACUUUUGUAUGACUAUUAUAAGGUCCCGAGGGAGAAAAGACUUCUGCCUUUAAACAAAUUAAUUGAUGUACACAAUGAACAAGAUAAAAGAAAUUGUCUUCCAAACAAUGAAACCCCAAAUAACCUGAGUCCUGGUGAAAACCGGGUUCAAGUUUUGAAAACGGCUCCUGUCAACCUGUCCCUCAAUACAGAGACCGCGGAGUCUACCAAGAGAGAGCAGUUCAACAACACCGUGCCUGAAAGCCCCACGUCUGCUCCGGCAUCCGCAGUGGCUGUGGUAAAGGCGGAAGAGUUCACUCCGGUAUUUAUGAGCUCUUCAGUGCCAUACAGGGCAGAAAGCGAGGAGCCUAGAGGAGUUAUCUUUGAACAAACUCACUAUGGAGUCCAUAAUGUUACUACCCAUACAGGCUACCUCAAGGAUGACCAGCGCAGUACUCCAGACAGCACAUAUAAUGAGACCUUCAAAGAAGGAGUCACUGAUAAAUAUCGAAGCUCUUCAAUAGGAGCUGAAGAAUUCAUGUAUGAUCAGACAGCGAGCACGUUCCAGUAUACUCUAGAAGCAACAAAAUCUCUGCGCCAAAAACAAGGAGAGGGGCCAAUGACUUAUUUAAACAAAGGACAGUUUUAUGCUGUGACGCUCAGUGAAACUGGAGCCAACAAGUGUUUCAGGCACCCAAUCAGCAAAGUGAGGAGUGUGAUAAUGGUUGUGUUCAGUGAAGAUAAAAAUCGGGAUGAACAGUUAAAAUACUGGAAAUACUGGCAUUCCCGACAGCACACGGCAAAGCAGCGGGUACUGGACAUCGCAGAUUAUAAAGAAAGCUUCAACACCAUUGGCAAUAUUGAAGAAAUUGCAUAUAAUGCCGUAUCAUUUACCUGGGAUGUCAAUGAAGAAGCCAAGAUUUUCAUCACUGUGAAUUGUCUGAGUACAGAUUUUUCCUCGCAGAAAGGGGUCAAAGGACUUCCUCUCAUGAUUCAAAUAGACACCUACAGCUAUAAUAAUCGCAGCAACAAACCAAUCCACCGGGCAUACUGCCAGAUCAAAGUGUUCUGUGAUAAGGGAGCGGAAAGAAAAAUCCGUGACGAAGAAAGAAAACAAAAUCGAAAGAAAGGGAAAGGGCAGGCUGCACCAGCCCAGGGCAAUAACUCAACUGACGGGAAGUUAUCAGCUGCAUCUCUACAGAAGAAAAGUGACGUCACCUUCUUCAAGACAAUGGCUGACUUGGACUCUCAACCCGUCCUCUUUAUCCCUGAUGUUCACUUUGGAAAUCUCCAAAGGACCGGCCAGGUUUACUACAAUACAGAUGAUGAAAUAGAAGGAAGCAGCGUUUUGGUGAAAAGGAUGCUUCGUCCUUUGGAUGAUGAAUAUGGUCCAACGCCACCAAAGCAAACCAAAGAAGGCCAGAAGAAAGUUCUUCUCUAUGUGAGGAAAGAGACGGAUGAAGUCUUUGAUGCCUUGAUGUUAAAGUAUCCUACAGUGAAAGGACUGUUGGAAGCUAUAUCAGAGAAAUAUGGUAUCCCAGUCGAAAAGAUUGCCAAAAUAUAUAAGAAAAGCAAAAAGGGCAUCUUGGUGAACAUGGAUGACAACAUAAUUGAGCACUACUCCAACGAGGACACUUUCAUACUGAAUGUGGAAAGUAUGGCAGACCAAGGAUUCAAGAUCACUCUGACAGAGAUCUAACACAGUAAUGGACCCAAUGCAUGCCUGAUGAGUUCUGAAAAUAUAUAUAUAUAUGCGGAACUAAGAGAACUUCUCAACUUCUCAACGUCCCUACACUUAUCAGAGACAUUGAUACCAAGACCAUGCUGAAGAACUUCAUUUGCUGUAAUAAAAUACACAAGACAGCACUCCUUUAUUUCAUCUAAAUGUUAACCAGAGACUAUUUGAACUUAUUUAUUUUAUACCACUUUUGUGAUAUAAUUGGGACUCACUGUUUGGGCAGAUAAAGUUCCGAUCGAGAUUCAAUUUUUUUUUUCUGUAAAUCUGUACAGAUUUUGUUUACCAGCAAAGAAAAAUUUGAUCCAACAUGAUGUCCAGCGGUUAGCAAGGAUGUAUAUGUUGUGUUAGCUUGCAUACACCUAUUACAAAAUGGUAAUAAGCAGGUUAUAUAUGAGCAGAAAUUGUGUCUACAGUUAUACUGUAGUGUAUAAAAGCUUGUGGACCGAAAGUCUACAAAGAAUAUCCAAUAUGCAGAUUUUUUGUUAUUCAUUUUUAAAUCCAUACAACAAUAGUAUGGUUUUCAAAAUUGUAUUAUUUUGUAAGUUGCGUUUUUUUGCGUUUUGUCAAGCAUUUGUAAAUUGAAUGUACAGAAGAAAUAAGAAUUGCUUUUUAAAAUAUUUUGUAAGAAAUCUAAAAAAAAAAACACUUUUUAAAAACCUGUAUAAAAUGUUUUGUAAAAA